GCCGGGGCAGCGCUCACGGAUUCCCAAUUUCGGGCUUUCCGCUUCCUCACAAGAGAGCAAAGACAACCCUUUGCAGAAUCCAAAUCAUAAAUCAGUUUGCAGACGAGAGGUUCUACGACGGAGAUCAACGUCAGGAACGACCACCAGCUGCACUGUUACAGGAACUAAUGAUGAAUGUCGCUAUCCCGUUUGGGUCGCUGAAGAAGCGGAAUGCGGCGCAGUCAAGCACUGGAGGUUACACUGCCAUCAGUGGUCAGCACCCGCUAGCAGCUAGAGUCAUCAUCUCGAGUUGUGAAGCUUCAAAUCAGCCCCUGACGACCUACGGCUGACGAGCAACCACCAUGUCCACGUAUCAACUCAGCAUUGAAGACUUCAAGCGCACCCUCGCUGCUUUGGGCAGUCUGAUAUUUGCUUCGGUCCCCAACAGUCUCUGUCAAACUUGCCAUCCCAUAUCCCUGCGCCUAGACGAGAUACUCAACUCAACCGACAAGUCAGACUUCCAUCCCGGAAGCCGCGACUCGACCGGCAACAUUAGACUUGCAACUAUCGACCAUGUCUUUUCCAGCUACCACGAGUGCAGUUUCUGCUCACUCGUCCUUCGUCUCAUCUUACGGGUCAAAGAGAGGCAUCUCUAUCACGCAAUGAGGUCAAUACCAUUGGUUGAGGAGACGCUCAUUACCCUUGACACAAUCAGGGAAGCUUUGAAGUCAAUGGGAAGCACCACCGUCUCCAAAACAAGUUCAAUGGCCAGCUCAAGCUCAUCGAUAUCGAAUGACUUUGAGAUAUUCGAUCCUGAGGACCUGAUACUUCAGAUUUCCGUCGACGCUGUUUGUGAUUACGGCGCCAUGUCACUCUGGCUUUCCUUGACGGACUCCGAAGACGUGGACGAUAACGAAUUUCAGCUGUUUUUGCACCCUGAAGACUACCGAACGAUGAUGGUCGAUACCCAAAAACCAGAGGCUACACUGAUGAUACCGCAGCCACUCGACCGGGAUACACGGGACAUGGACUUAAUGAAGCGUUGUCUCGAAAACUGCCGCAAAAACCAUGACAGAUGCAAUCAGUCAGCGAUACCAGAUACAGAAGCUUUGCAGGCGGCCCCGAGCAGGCUGAUUGACGUCGUCGAUAUGAGAUUAGUACCCACUAGUCCUGGUAUCAACGGCCAUGUGGACCUUCAACAAGUCGAAUACGUCGCUCUCAGCUAUGUAUGGGGAAGAGAUCCGUUCUUCACCCUGCAAAGCCCAAACCUCAGAACCCUAUGCGAGAAAGACGCCUUCCGGGAUCCCGCCAUAAAGCUUCCACAGACCAUCCUGGAUGCCAUUGAAGUUACCAAGUUCUUAGGCUAUCGAUACAUCUGGAUUGAUAGCCUCUGCAUAGAACAAGACUCAACUGAGGAUACAGUCACUCAAAUAGGAUCGAUGCACGUCAUCUACGCCCAGGCUAGCCUUACAAUUGUUGCCGCCGUCGGAGACAACGCGCGGCACUCUAUCCUGCACAUAAAUCCGAAUCAGUUAUCGAACAAGUACCAUACGAUUGGAGGCCUACGCUUCUGCCUAGACAGGCCCGAGUUCAAAGAAGUCGUCGCAUCAUCAACAUGGGCAACAAGAGGAUGGACUCUUCAAGAAAUAACGUGCUCUGAUCGGUUCAUCUUCUUUACUCCAGAGAGGACAUACUUCAGCUGUGCACAUGGAAACUGGAACGAGGACCUGCCUCUGGAUGAAAGCGUUUCGCCUGAGCAAUAUCAACGCUGCCUUCGGGAUGAAGACCCCAAAGGUUUGGGUUUGGCCAUGGAGGUUGGAGGCAAUGCCCAAAAAGCCUCGGCAACUUAUGUCUCCAUGGUCGAAAGGCUCUCAACAAGAAACUUCACGCAUGAUAAAGACAUCCUGAAGGCGUCACUGGGAAUGUACACAAUGUACAUAGCUGACGGCCUAGGGAUGGCGAUCGCUGGCCUUCCCCUGUCCUACUUGGGGGCAGCUCUGAUGUGGCAACCAAAUGGUGUCCUAAGCAGGCGACGUUGUGAAAGUAUUCCAUCUUGGUCUUGGGCUUCGUGGACGGGCCCAAUCUCUUAUCCUCUCGGGAGACUGGACGGUCUCAACAUAGAACUUACUUUGGACUGGUUUAUUGAUGCUGUGCGGACAUCGCCAAGGUUCAUCCCCUACCUCCAAGUAGACUCAACAAUAGCGAGGGUUGCACAACAGAUGCUUCGAGCACCAGGGAAGGAGCCUUGUCACCACCAUUCAGGAGACAAUCCUCCACCGACUUUGCGUCGGCGCAUCGUCACUCCUCAAGAGCGCUGGCAGCAGGACCUUGCCAUAGCCGAGAAAACCGAAUUGGUUUUCAGAGGUACAAUCUGCAGCUUUCCAAUUCGGCUCCGAGAACGCGACCAUGCCUUGCAAGCGUCCGGUCAAGUUUACUUUUGCUCCAUCUUUGCCUCGCUUGAAGCAUCGGAAGACAUGGACGAUGAUGAGCUUAUUGGGGAGAUGAGGAUCGACUCCGGGACGCUACAGCCCUUCUUCCCUGAUGAGUUCUUACCAGCAGCCCCCAACAUGGGCAUUGCCACCAACGUAGAGCUACUUGCUUUUGGUCGCCUGGACUUUUCCCUCGAACAUGUUCAAAACGUCGUGUAUUUGAACAGAUAUAGUCGGCGAGGCAACUUCUCCCCGGAGUUCCUGGCCUUGGUGGAUGCCAAUCCAGACAUGGUGCUCGUCAUGUGGCUGUACCGACAACCCUCAAAGCCUCACAUAAUGUCCCGAGUCGCUGUUGGAUACGUCGUCCGGAGUCGAUGGGACGAAGCAGUCAAAGAGCGUGGGCAAACUCGGGAAUGGAUUAGGCUUCAUUGAGUUUGGAUCGAG